GGUGGGGGUCACGUGGGUGGAGUCACGUGCGCGGAAGGCGGAAGCGGAAGACGUCAGGGCGCCGCGUGGACCCAGCUCCUGAACUCUCCCCCCUCGCUACUCCCCUCAAACUCUCCCCCCUCAAACUCUCUCCCCGCGCUCUCUCCACUCUCUUCCCUUCGACGUGAACUCUUGGCUCGCUCCCGCCGUCCCCACAGGCUCCGCUCUCUCGCCUCUGUCUCCUCGCUCUCUUCUCCGCCUUCCCGGUCGGGCUCCUCGCUUCGCCUGCACGAGGGAGACGCAAAGCGGCAAAGGAGGUGUAGUAGCCAGUGGUGAGCUUCAUGCGGCCAUGACCAAGAAGACGAGGAAAAACAAGGGCAGUGUGGACCCUGCCAAGGCCGCGGAGGAUGGCAAAGCCGGCGCUGCGUGCUCGCACGUAAACAAGGCGCUGGAGCAGACGGCCGUGAGGAAGUCUCUGGACAAAGGGGGGGCACUGGGGGUUUGUGCCGUGUGCCCCCCGGCGCCUGCCGGUAGCAGCGAGGACCCCCAGGAUGGCGACGAAGACUCUCCCCUGACGCCCGUGUGGCUGUGUCUCAAGUGCGGACACCAGGGCUGUGGUCGCUACUCAGAGGGGCAGCACGCCCUGGCCCACUACUGCACUCCCCACUCGGACCAGCACUGCCUGGCACUCAACUUGCACACGUGGAGCGUUUGGUGCUAUGCCUGCGACGACGAGGUGGAGAUUGCCAAGCGCCGAGUGCUCGCGCAGACGGUGGCGAUGAUCCGCAAGCUCGCCGCCCCGGUCUCCCAGGCCAAAGUGGACCCUCUCCGUCCAGGAUCGGCGGCGGUGGCCGAGGUGGGGGGGCAGGAGGGGGCGGGCAGCCCCUCCCCUCCCCUGACCCCGCGGGGCCCUGGGGCUCGGCCCCUCCCGUGCGCUGUGCGGGGACUUAGCAACCUGGGCAACACGUGCUUCUUCAACGCCGUGACGCAGAACCUGGCUCAGACUCCCCUGCUGGCCACGGCGCUGAGAGACACGGCGAGCGGAGCUCUCCUCACCGUGCAGCCCCCCUCGCUCGGAGCUCUGUCUCUCACGCUGGGCCCUGCUGGGCCGCUCUCCUCCAGCCUGCUCCACGUCCUCAGCGCCAUGCGUGGCGUGGGGAGCGGAGCCCUCAAUCCCAGCGGCCUCUUCGGUGAGCUGUGCCGCAGGUGCCCGCGCUUCAAGGGCUUCCAGCAGCAGGACAGCCAGGAGCUGCUGCGCUGCCUGCUGGACGGAGUCAAGGCCGAGGAUGUCACGAGGAUUAAGACCGCGAUCCUGGAGGCGCUGGACAAGCCGAACUCCAAAACCGCAGACGAGGCUACGCGGAGAUCCGUCAAAGGCUACGGGCUGCACGCCCUGCGGUUGAACGCCGUCGACCGCGUGUUCGGUGGGGAGCUCAUCAACAUCAUCACGUGCCACAAGUGCGGGACGAUUGUACGGGUCGCGGAGCCCUUCCUGGACCUCUCCCUGCCCGUCAUCGACAACACGGCGAGCCGGCCGACCAGCAGGAAGGCCCGGGCCGUGGAGGCGGAGGUGGAGGAGAGGGGAGGGCGUGAAAGGGAGGAGGACGAGGUCACGGGGUCACGGAGGAGGGGACCCUCCCCCACUCUUCCCCCGGCCCCCCAGAGCAAGUUCCAAGAGAAGAAGGCGAAGAAACAGGCGCGGCAGCAAGCCAAGUCGAUGCGGCGCCAGCAGAAGCACCAGCGGAAGCUGUUCCCCAUGGGAGCCGAGACUCCGAGUGGGGAUCCUGACCCCUCGACCACCGACGCGACCGUCGCCAGCAACAUCACGCAAGAGGACGAAAAUGAUGUUCGUGUAGACAACGAGGGUGCUGCUGCUGAUGCUGCUGCUACUGCUGACGAUCAUGAUGAUGAUGAUGAUGCUGCUGCUGAUGAUGGCGAUCAUGAUGAUGAUGAUGCUGCUGAUGAUGAUGCUGCUGCUGCUGAUGAAGAUGCCGCUGUUGUGGAAGCGCCGCACCUCGCGGACUCGCAACGGACUCGCCGCACGGUCGACUCGGGGCGUCCCGGGCACGAGCCGCCUGGGGUCACGACCCGAUCUUCCGUGAGCGCAGUCACGGGGCAACUCGGCAACCUGCAGCUCCACGACGAGCACGGGGGGCAGGCGGGCGAGGCGCGGGAGGAGGACGGCGACGAUGGGUACGGAGAAAAGGUGAAGAGGGAGGUGACGGGGAGGCUACGAGGAGCGGGAGAUGACGUCGGUGGGAGUGAUUGUGGACCGGCAGCGUCGCCGGAAGAUGUAAAGAUCAGCGUGGAUGAGGUAACCAAGGUGGAUGAGGAGGAGGAAGAGGAGGAUGAGGAGGAGGAUGAGGAGGAGCAGGUGAAGAGCUCGUCGAGGGACACGAGGCUGCGGAGACGCAAGGACGAGGCGCUCUCGUUUGGCAGCGACGAGGAAACGCGCAUCGAGGCGGUGGCGCCAGGCGGCCCGGUGCAGACGCUGGCGGAGCCUCCCCUCGUCCCGCCCGACCCCGGCUCGCUCCUCGGCUGCCUGCUGCGAUUCACAGCCCCGGAGCAACUGACUGGGAGCAACAAGCUCCUGUGUGAGCACUGCUCACUGAGAGAAGGCAGGAAGGUGAGGGUGUACACAGAGGGGACCAAGCGGAUCCUGGUCUCGUCACUGCCUCCCGUGCUCACCCUGCACCUCAAGCGCUUCCAGCAGGCUGGAUUCGGGCUACAGAAGGUGAACAGACGCGUGGAGUUCCCAGACACGCUGAAUGUGGCACCUUUCUGCAUCGACACCUGCCAGGCUGCGUGUGGGCGAGCAGGCCCGCGGGGGAGGGACGAGGAGUACUCGCUCUACGGGGUGGUGGAGCACAGCGGCACGAUGCGCGGAGGCCACUACACGGCCUACGUCAAGACGCGGCCCGAGCGGCCGGAGCGGCCGGAGCGGCCCGAGCAGCCUGGGGAGAGCGACGGCUCCGGCCGGCAGCAGGAGGGGGCGUGGUUCUACGUGAGCGACUCCCACGUGCGCACCGCCUCCCUGGACCAGGUGCUGGCGUGCCAGGCCUACCUGCUCUUCUACGAGCGGGCGAGCGUGUGAGCCCCAGAGGCUCGGCAAGCCGCACGUGCACAGCACGCCCGACUCCGUCCGUCCGUCCGUGCAUUUUUACCGAAUGCGGGUCUGUUCAUCCGUUGGUCCGUGCUUUGUAAUUCUGUCCCGACAGUCCAUCUCUCUGUCAGUCUGUCCAUCCAUUUACCGGACAGUCUGUCCUUAAGUCAGCGCUGUCCAUGCAUCCGUACAUCCGUCUGUGUUAUGGUUCCGCGCCUCUCAGUCACUCCGUUGAUUCAUCUGCCGGUGUCUUCAUCCGCCCGUCUUGUAUGCACGGCCGUCUGUCGGGCCAGUGGUGACCGGCGUUCGCCAACUCGCCCUCUCGUCUACCAGUUAAGUUCACUCGCUUAACUCGCCCACGGACAGAAAACCAAAUGACGUUUGACCCAUUGACCCAUGUGAAACGAACGUGACUGUGUACGGGGGUCACGACCCUGUCCCCUGGCAGGUCAGAGUCACUCAUUCGCACCCGUCCUGCAACAGUGACGAUUAUGAACGGUGACCACGGCCGAUAGUGAUGGGCCAUAAAACGGGGCAAGGCCCACAUCGCGAGUAUAUGAUGUAUUUGUACGUCUUUUUAAACCGAGUUUUACGAGUUAUUAUGAUCCUGGGCAUCUCUCGCAAUCACUGGAUGGAUUCAAACAAAAUAAAGAUAAUUUUGAUGAUCGUGCCCCCC